GCUCCCUCGCUCCGUCCCUCCUCUCCCUCCUCUCGCUUCCCGCCCCGAUUGUGCAAUCGCGAGCGGCGGGGCCGGCGGCACCGCCCGGAGCCCGGCACCGGGGGGAGGGAAGGGAGGGAAGGAGGGAAGAAGGAGGGAUGUGGCCGGUCCCGCCCGCCCCGCGCCUCCCUGGGCCGCGGCGCCGGGGAUGCGGCAGCCGCCGGGCACCGCGGGGCUGUAGCCGCCCGCCGCGGCCCCGGAGCCCAUGGGCUGUGCCCAACGACGCCUGGGUGUUGUAGGACUUUGGCAGAGCUGGCCAUGAUGUUAUGGUUUGUGGUCGGUGCCCUCUUCCCAGCACUGCUCCUGGCUGCACCCCCCCCCAUCAACAAGCUCGCCCUCUUCCCCGACAAGAGCGCUUGGUGCGAGGCCAAGAACAUCACCCAGAUCGUGGGGCACAGCGGCUGCGAGUCCAAGUCCAUCCAGAACAGGGCCUGUCUGGGACAGUGUUUCAGCUACAGUGUCCCCAACACCUUCCCUCAGUCCACAGAGUCCCUGGUUCACUGCGACUCCUGCAUGCCAGCGCAGUCCAUGUGGGAAAUCGUGACACUGGACUGUCCAGGCAACGACGAGAUCCCCAGGGUGGACAAGCUGGUGGAGAAGAUACUUCACUGUAGCUGCCAGGCUUGUGGGAAGGAGCCGAGCCACGAGGGAGCCCUCUUCAACGUCUACCUGAACGCGGAGGAGAACAUGCCCGCUGAAGGUCCCAGCCCCCAUCACUAUGCCCACCACCACCAACAGGAGGUGGAAGAACCUCCUGCCUCCAGCCACCACCACCACGAGGAGGAGGGUGACGAGUGACCUGGCCCCUGUGGACUGUCCGUGUGGGCAGGGGGUGUGUGUGCGAGGGACGGGGCCGGGGUUUGGGGAGGGAGGGGGGUGGUGGAGUCUUUCCUGUCUAAUAGCUACCCUCACGCUUUGCUCUCCACGGCCCCCCCCAGGGAAGGAGGAACGUUCUGAGGCACAAGCAGGGCUGAGGGGCUGGAGCUGCAAGGUGGGAGAGGAGGGCUCGGUGGUGUCUGAUGCAAAACUACUUGCACAUAAUAGUAAUAAUAUAUUGAGAGGAGCAGGAACAUGGAUGAGGGGGUUUUGGCUGAGAGCGAGAGCUGAGCUGGGCUCCCCAGGGGCUGUCUGCAGGCUCCUGAACCCGCUGUGGAGCCCUUGCUGAGUCCUUCUGGGUUUUGCUCUUGUAAAUGGCUCGUACCUGGGGUGGAGGAGGAAGGGAUGCAGUGUCUCAGGCCCACAAGAGAUGCACAGCUCUCCUGUGUGGGACCAGCAGCAUCCCUUCUUCCUCCCUCCUUCCCUGCCUGCCUCAGGAGCUGAGCUGGAUGUGCUGUUCCUCGCUGGCUCUUCAUUCAACCCCAACCCUCUUGUGUUAAGCAGCUCCUGGGGAGUGUUUUGCCCCAGGAUGUGCCACUGGGGCUGUGUGAGGUUGUUGGGAUCCGUGAUGGCAACAGCCGUUACCUUGCUGGUCCUUGGGGCCAUCACGAGGGAGCUGGAUCGUGCCACGGGCACUGCCCUGGCUCACAGGGGAAGGCCAAGAGCAGGCUGGGGUGGUCGGGGGGGAACCAGCCCCUCUGCCCCCACUCCCUGCUGCACUUUAAGGGUGGUGGAGGGAGAAGGGGGACGAGUGCCAGGAUGCAGAUGGACCUGUGCAGGGGGCUGCUCGUGCCGGGCUGGGGAAGCUCCGGGUGGGGACAGCCCUGGGCCCCUCCUGCUCCCCCUUUCUCUCUGUUGUAUAAAGCUGAUUUCUUUGGCGCUGUCCUGACAAGAGCUUCCAGAGCUUGUACUCGAUGCCUCCCCCUCCUUUUUACAAGGAUUUUGGUUGGGUUUGGUUGGUUUUUUUGUUUCUUAAAUAAAUGAGUUCUGACUUCCAUCCCUCAG